CUGGAUCCAAUGACAUUGCUAUUGCUAUGACAUUUGCGUUGGGAUGCCGUCCCAUUUCACAGGAUGGCAAGCAGGGUCCUGUACCAUCCAAGCCUCCCUUGCCCAGCCUGGUGCGGGCUGCAAGACAGGGCCCGGAAUGCCUGGUUCCUUUGUCCUUGGCCGAGCAGAAUGACUGCAAUGCUACGCUGGACAUAGCUUUUAGUUGGGAGCAGCCUGUGGAUCCAGCCAAGCUCACCGAGUCACUUGCGAAGGCCUUGAGCCUUUUUCCUUGCUGUGCUGGCCGCUUUGUCACUCGAGACGUAUUGGUGGAACCUGCUGCGGGGGUGACUCUGAAGCAACGGAGAAUGUGCAUUCUCUGCAACAAUGCUGGGAUCAGUUUCUCCAACAGCCACUACAAUGGCAAGCGGCCGUCUGUGAUUGGCCCUAUGACGGGUCUGUUUGACCGCGCGGUUGGCACCACCGCGAAAGUGGAUGGAUGCGGGGGACCACUCUUGAGAGUGAAGCUGUUGAACUGCCAGGAUGGCCAGAUACUGGCACUGAGCUUCUCCCAGGGUCUUGCAGAUGUCAAAGCCAUCGGUCUUUUUGUGGAAGCUUGGGGCAAGUAUCACUGUGGAGAGGAACCUUCCCACAGUUCCGACAACUCGCGCACAAUUCUGGAAGGUGCUGUCAACAAUGGAUUCCCAAAGCUGGAUCCUUGCUUCACCUACCUUCACAGACGAGAGCCUUCCAGCAGUACCAUGAGUGCAGCCAAAGCUGCCGCAGCAGCUGCUGAAAGGCUGGGUGUCACGACCUUCUUGCUCAAAUGGGAAGAGCUCAAUCGCUUGGGGGAGACCUUCUCGCGAAAGCUAAGAGGCAGGCGAUUGAUAUUCGAUUCCGAAAGCCUGUCGCAUGACGAGGUGGCCUUCGCUAUUGUGGUUGAGUCUUUGGGCAGAGCUGUCUCGGCAAGUGUUUGGCUUGAUUACAGAGCUACCUUCGCCUACGACAGAAUGUUUGGACACGUUCGCGGUGUUGCUGACGUCGACCUGCCAUCAGAUGCCUUGAAAGCUGCUUCUGUGAUCCGAAAGAAGCUUCAGAUUGCGCGAGAAAAUCCAGAUUUUUGGUGCUGGAAGGCACAGCAGAGCAAGAGCUGUCCAGUUGUGCCAAGUUCAGAAAUAAUUUUCUGCUCCUGGCUGGAGGCGGCCGACUUGAAGGCCUUCUCCUUCGGGAGUACGCCCUCUGGCGCAGGUCUGGGAUGCAGCUUUUGGCACUGGUGGGCACACACUCCAGAGGCACGCCUAAGAUCUGGUGGAGGUGGUGCUGUUGGAGCCAAUGGCCGAGGAUGUCCUUCGUUAGUUGUUCUUCUCCCACAUGAAGAUGGUGUUCAGGUGCAGGCAGGACAGUUUCAGGAAGCAUCGCAAAAUUGUGGAUGUUCAAGAGCGAAUCCUUGGCAACUUUACAGGCACUCCUGCCACAGAGUGCGGCGUCAAAGCUUUGUGCAAAGCACAAUUGCCUUGUCUAUUAUCCAUAGUUAGCGUCGCAAAAAUUAUAUCUUUU